AUCACGGACCAUCAGAUCACUCUCCCCCGCAAUUUAAAUCCACCGGCAACUCCGUCACCCUCGCCCAGCCGAUCCCACAAGUCACAUUCUUAACAGAAUAGACUCCGACUUGAGUCGGUCCUAAUCUCUCAUGAGAGUCCGGUUCCCCGCUCCCGCGCAUCAUAUAAUAUGCAUCCUCUCCCCAUUUCUCGCCAUUACUCCCCUCCCAACCUGAUUGACUUCACUCAUAUUUACACCCUUGGUACUAAUAACCUCAAAGCCCUCCCGGGAAGAACGUACAGACCGAUCACCAAAAAUGUCCUGGUCAGACCCAGAGAAAUUGUUGGCGACCACCAGUCGGACCUCUGUUGACAGCAAUCGCUUUGUUGCCAACACGUCCGAUGCAGAUAUGCCAGAUACUAUGCCCGAUCAUAAACAUGCAGCGGCAGAGCAGAUCGCAGCAAUGAGCCGCGAAGAAUUUCAGGCCAUGGAAAAGCAGCUGCUGUGGAAGAUGGACUUGAAGCUGAUCCCUUGGAUGACAUUACUGUACUUGCUGAGUUUCAUUGAUCGUGUCAACGUCGGUGCCGCAAAGCUUGUCGGAAUGACUGAACAACUCAAUCUUACUUCCUUACAAUACUCCACCGCAUCUAUGAUCUUCUUUGUUCCUUAUGUAGCUUUUGAAGUACCUAGCAAUCUUUUGCUCAAGAAGCUCCGUCCUUCAAGAUGGAUUCCAUUCACAAUGGUCUGUUGGGCCAUCUUCCAGACCACGAUGGGCCUCGUCACAAAUUAUGGACAGUUACUUGCUCUGCGAUUUUGUCUCGGUCUUUUCGAAGCCGGUUUGUUCCCGGGUCUCAACUUUUACUUGACCGGUUGGUAUAAGCGUGACGAGAUCAAUAGGCGAUGCGCCUUCUUCUUUGGCGGUGCUGUGAUGGCUGGCGCUUUCGGUGGCAUCCUUGGGUAUGGCCUAAGUAAAAUGGAUGGAGUCGGGGGGAAACAAGGAUGGUCAUGGAUCUUCAUUAUUGAGGGCCUUCUUACCCUCAUCGUAGCUGUUGCUAGCUUUUGGAUGAUCUAUGACUGGCCAGACCGAGCCAGGUUCCUUACACCUUUGGAAAAAGAAAUGGUCCUCAUGCGACUGAAGGCUGAACAAGGUUUGGCUUCUGAAGGAAGCUAUAAUAAGAGAAUUGUCAAGAAGGCUUUUACGGACUGGAAGACAUAUUGUCUGAUGUUGAUGUACAUCGGUGCGGCGGAACCCCUUUACAGUGGAUCCCUCUUCACUCCCACUAUCAUCGCUUAUCUCGGUGAAUUCACUGUCUCUCAAUCGCUUCUUCUAAGUGUUCCACCCUAUGUAUUGAUGUUCAUCACAACAAUGACGACUGCAUUUCUCAGUGAUAAAUUCAAAAGACGAGGGUUCUUCCUUAUGGGAUGGUCACUUAUUGGUGCUAUUGGCUAUCUACUUCUCUUGACUAUUCCUAUUCGAUACCCUGGUGCAUUAUACUUUGCCGUGUACGUGUCGUCUGCCGCUGCCGGCCCUCUUAUCGCCACCACAAUUGCAUGGACCGGUAACACUUGGGGUAAUCACUAUAAGAAAGCCAUCUGCAUGGGUCUCGUCUUCUCCGCUGGUAACUCUGGUGGUAUCGUCUCCUCUCAGGCAUAUCGCAACAAGGAUGCCCCCCGUUUCCAACCUGGACAUGCUACGGCUAUGGCGUUCUGCCUUUUGAAUGGCUCUAUGGCGCUUCUCUUGUACAUCAUGAAUAAACGGGAGAAUAGGAGGAGGGAUGAAAAGUAUGGCCCCGCUCCUCUUCCCGAUGAAGUUCAAGAAUAUGAUGACCCGGCAUAUCAGCAAAAGUGGGGAUUGGAGGGGAUGACUCGGGCUGAAGUUGUUGAACUGGGCGACGAUCACCCGGCGUUUAGAUACUGGUUGUAAGGGGGUCGGCAGGAAUUUUCGAAUGGUUAUGAUAGGAAUCGAGAAAAGAUCAGAUUGUAGGUAGCUUUGUAUACAUAUAUAGUGUGGUGUUACGUAUCUCAUGAGAAAAAAAAAUCAACAUUAUUGGAUUUCCGGAUGUAAUGAUGAUCCGACUCUCAGCAAU